UACUCAUGGGUCAUGUUAUUAGCUUUGUAGACAAUGAUGUGGAAUUGGAGUUUGAAAGGGAAGAACGCGAGGAACCUCCCACAAAGCCCGAUGUAGCAGAUGGGCAUCCUCACGAGCAAGACCAGAAAGAGAUACCAACUCCAAUUAACACCCACCAUGAAAAGUUGUUAGCUGAUAUUGACACUUUGAAAAGUAACCAACAAAGAAUGGAGGAGAAGUUGGAUUAUCUAAUUGAAUUGGUGCUCUCGCAACAUAAAGGUAGUGAUUCUGAGGAUUCAGUAUCAGAUGAGCAUCUUGCUUCACCACACCGUACAUUUAUUAUGGAGCACGUUGUUGGAGAAGAUAGCCCUAGCUGUAAGGUGGUAUCUCCUGAAGAUAUGGCUGGGGUGGAAUUCAAGAGAAGGAGGGUUCCAACGAAAAGAAUUUUUGGUGCCGAGUUUACUGAUCCAACUAGGAAGAAAAAGAAAGCAAAGACAAUUGUAACUGAUCCUUGUGAAAUUAAUCCCCUAUAGCCAUAUGACGAAAAGCAAAUGAGACGUUUUAAGAAAUGGGUGAUUGGUUUAAAAAAGAAUGAUAAGCCUAUUUCUCUCUUGGCUGGUUCGUGCACAACGAAAUGGUUUAUUCAGCUACUUACACCACGUACAUGGCUGGACGGACUGCACAUUGAUGCAGCUUUAGGGUUGAUGAAAGAACGAGUGUACACUUACAAGAAGACUUACUCCGAAAGAUUCACCAUUGUGGAUUCUAUGUUCCAACAGUUC